AUGGAGGGCCAGGUUGAAGGAGAGAAAGGCUAUGCCCAGGGCGGGUCCUCGUCGCCGCCGCCGCUCAAGGAUGCGGCCAAAGGCAAAGCCAGCAGCAUCACUCGCUAUCUAGCGACUCGGGUUCCCACGCUGAAGCCCCCAAUGGCCAAGGCUCCUAAUCCGUUCAAGUUACUCGCCCUUUUAAAUGUCCAACAAUGGCUGUUCUUCUUGGUUGCUUUUUGUGGCUGGACAUGGGACGCAUUCGACUUUUUCACUGUAUCUUUAACUGUCAGCGAUCUCGCCAAAUCAUUUAACAAGAGCAAAGCCGACAUAACAUGGGGCAUCACGCUUGUGCUGAUGCUGCGAUCUGUUGGAUCCAUUGCAUUUGGUCUAGCUGCUGAUCGAUAUGGGCGCAAAUGGCCAUUCAUUAUCAACAACAUUCUUUUCAUUGCCCUCGAGCUUGGAACUGGUUUCACCCAGACUUACAAGCAGUUUCUGGCCGUGCGAGCGCUUUUUGGCAUCGCCAUGGGCGGUCUGUACGGUAACGCCGCGGCGACUGCUCUCGAGGAUUGCCCCGAAGCCGCUCGCGGUAUCAUUUCUGGCAUGCUCCAGCAGGGAUACGCCUUUGGAUAUCUCCUCGCGACAGUCUUCUCUCGCGCUUUUGUCAACACGACCAGCCACGGCUGGCGCCCGCUUUUCUGGUUCGGCGCGGGCCCACCGGUCCUCAUCAUUCUCUUCCGGCUUUGUCUUCCAGAGACCCGCUCCUACCGGGAACGCCACCAAGUGCGUCACGAAAAAGGAAAUAUCGGGAAGACAUUCAUCUCCGAAGGCCGCGUCGCUUUGAAGAGACACUGGCUGCUUCUCAUCUAUCUGGUUCUUCUCAUGGCUGGAUUUAACUUUAUGUCCCACGGCUCUCAAGAUCUCUACCCAACCAUGCUCACGAACCAAUACAACUUCUCCGCCAACGCCGUCACCGUCACGCAGGUCGUUGCCAACCUGGGCGCCAUGGCCGGCGGCACGACCAUCGGCUAUUCCUCACAGAUCUUCGGGCGCCGGUUCAGCAUCAUCUUCAUCUGCGUCAUCGGCGGCGCCCUGCUGUACCCUUACACAUUCGUCUCCAACAAGGGCGUUAUCGCCGCUGCCUUUUUCCAGCAAUUCUGCGUGCAGGGCGCCUGGGGCGUGAUCCCCAUCCAUCUCAUGGAGUUGUCUCCGGGCUCCUUCCGCACCUUUGUCGUCGGCACGUCCUACCAGCUCGGCAACCUGGUCUCGUCCGCCUCGUCGACCAUUGAAGCCACUAUCGGCGAACGCUUCCCCUUGCCCAGUAAGGGCUCGGAAACUCGCUACCAGUACGGCAAAGUCAUCUGCAUCUUCAUGGGCUGCGUCUACGCGUAUACCAUUAUCCUCACCUUCCUCGGCCCCGAGAAGCUCGGACGCAAGAUGAGUGCAGAGUACGAUAACGAUCUCGCCGAAGCAGCGGGCAGAGUCAAUGUUGACAAUGCCCUGCGUGCUCAUGGCCUUGCUGGCGCUACGCUUGCUGCUGGUGCUGGUGGCGCUGGGAGCGAUGGUGGUUCUGGUUUUGGUGCUGGUCGCCAUCUUGAAGACGGACUCGGAGUUGGUUCGCCUGCGCCCCUAGCCGCACCGGGUGCUCGUGCAGGCACAGAUCUAGAUGACGAUGGCAUUGGCCAGGAAGAUGAAAAGGAUGUCAAGUUGUCUGGUCAGGCGGUGCACAGGGAGAAUGUAUAA